AUGAUAGAGAAAGCCGAUGGAUUGUGUAGUAGACUUAAAUAUCCUUGUCCGAAACCGAAACCUGUGACUGAAGAUCUAUCUAUUAACACCAGAGAUGAGUGGGAAAUACCAAGAGAAACAUUAUCAUUUGGCAAAAGAUUAGGGGCUGGUCAAUUUGGUGAAGUUUGGUUAGGAAAAUAUAUGAACUCUACAAUUGUAGCUAUUAAAACACUACAGGUUGGAGCCAUGUCAUCGGCAGCAUUCUUAGCAGAAGCUCAAAUCAUGAAGAAAUGUCGUCAUGAUAAAUUAGUCAGAUUAUAUGCUGUUUGUACUAAAGAAGAGCCAAUUUAUAUUGUGACUGAACUGAUGUCAAAUGGUGCACUAUUGAAUUAUUUACGUGACGGGUCCAAGAAUUUAGAUUUACAAACACUUAUAGAUAUGGCUGCUCAGAUUGCUAGUGGUAUGUCUUAUCUAGAGGAGAGGAAAUUUAUACAUAGAGAUUUAGCUGCCAGAAAUAUUUUAGUGGGUGAAAACAAUGAAGUGAAGGUAGCUGAUUUCGGUUUAGCCAAAAUUAUUGAUGAAGAAUCUAAUCCAACAAAUGAUGCUGAAGUGCCUAUUAAAUGGACUGCUCCAGAGGCAGCUUUAUAUCGUAAAUUUACAACUAAAUCUGAUGUAUGGUCUUAUGGUAUAUUAUUUGUUGAAUUGAUGACUAAAGGUGAAAUUCCAUAUCCUGGAAUGGGAAAUGGAGAGGUUUUGGAAAAAAUUAAAGGUGGAUAUAGAAUGCCCAAGCCUACAGAUUGUCCGGAAGCCGCAUUCGAAAUGGUACUAAAAUGUUGGGAUGAAGAUCCUGAAAAUCGACCAUCAUUUGAAAAUGUGUUCAAUUUUUUUGAAAAUUAUUAUAUUUCAGAAGAACCAUAUUAUAAUAGGGUUGUAAUCUGA